AUGGCAUCUACGACGGAACUGAAGAAUCUGACUCCAGAUGAAGAAGAUGCCUUCAGACUUGUCAAUGAAGGUGGGUGGAUUUGAUGAUUGACAAAGUUGUUUUCAAGGAAAAUAUGACGAAGUCAUACGAUUGAUCGAUAGCUCAAAGGUCAGAGUGAACUGUCUGGAUAGUACUGGAAUGAAUUUAUUGGAUCAGGCAUCUCAUAAAGGAGACGUAAACUUUGUUCAACAACUGAUCGAGAGAGGCGCUAAUGUGGAUAACAAAGCCCAGAAUGACGGGUUUACAUGUCUCAUGUUUGCUGCUCUAAGAGGUACUUGAAAUAUCACGUCUAAUGAAAUAAUUUUCAGGAAAUCCUCAUCUUUGUGAUCUUUUAUUAACUCAUGGUGCUAGAGCUCAUGCUGUCACUAAAAUGAAUAAAACUGCCACAGAGAUGGCAGCACUCGUCAACAACCACGAAUGUGUAUCUAUAAUAAACAGUUACAUUAGUCGAGAAGAAGUCGAUGUCAUUUUGCACCCUCAGGGCAAACAGAGCUCGGAGAUUUAUCCCGAGAGUUUGGUGGAUUUACUCCAUCUUCUCACUAGAAGGCAUCUGAUCCAUCCUAUUUUGAUUGCCAUAGAGUUGUAUAAGAGACCAGAAUGCAUUGACUACCGGAAGAAGAUGAUUUACGUGGUGGAUAUGCUCUUUGAGAGACAGAUGCGGACAAAAGAGCCGAAUGAGGUAAGGCUAUCUAAUCAUUCAAUCUGUUACAGAUAUUGGCCAUGAAAUUAUGGUUUGUUUUGACGGGGUUAAGGAAGAUUGAGGAAUUCGUUAAAGUAAAACAACAAGAAAAAGACUUAAGAAAUCUGAUGAGGGGCUAUAUUAGAGCUUUAUCGGCUUGGAAAGAGGUGGAUAAUGUUAUUCGACGAUCGUUUUUGGAACGAUUCUUGUUCUCCACUUCACUGGGAUUUCCUUAUCAGCAUUCUUUGAUCUUCAAAGCGUUGGGUCGAGCCUUAAAAGAAGUGAAGCCAGGCCGUUUCCCCAAUGUGUUCACUGUAAUAUGCAGUGUAUUAUUUGGACAACGAUUCGUGGUCACCUCAGGAUUCUGCAGUUUGUGCGGGAAGCCAAAAUCAGAAUUCGAAUGUUCGAAAUGCACGGUGAGUCCAGUUUAAGACGUUUUUAAUAUUAUACAAAAAAGACUUGUCCAAAGUUGUAUUGUCACCAAGUUUAUUUCUAGGUAAUCUAUUGUUCAACGGAUUGUCAAAAGUUAGAUUGGAAAACGCACAAGGGUAUAUGUCAUCAACUCAAGGAUCGUCCAGAACUUAA